CAACCUUCGGUUGGGUGACGGUAGAAGGCGAGCCCCGUUAACUGUUUACGGUGAACGCCUCAGACGCGACCAGAAAGGACUGCUGUACUGCUGCUCCGCCAAACAUGCAUCCGAGACAAGUUUGACUGGAAUUGUCCAUUGACUUGUACCGCUUUUGACCUGCGCACUAUUGAAUGUUAUGAGACACCAUGAUCCGCUCGGAGGAGGAUAAUCGUGCACCCGCAGUAGACAUCAUGGACACCGAAAGGCACUCCGCUGAAAGGUGACCUCCAGACACUUCACCUCCCCAAAACAUUCGAAUAUGCCAGGACAUAACGAUGAGCUCCAACAGCACAGACCCUGGUCUCUUCCUGACUGCAAACACUCACUACCAGCAGCCCGAGCCUUCCCACAAUCCAAUUCUCUCCAUCAAGGAGGAAGUGGAAGUUUUCAUUUGAAUACCCUGGAGGAUAAUUCCUCUUCCACCAGCAAUCUCCUAAACCUCACCUCAGAAUCCCAGAGUGGGAACAUAACAGCAGCCCUUGAUCAUGUGGGUGGCCUUCCUUUGUGGCAAGUUAUCAUCAUUGUCUUGCUGACUGGCAUGCUAUCACUGAUCACCAUCAUCGGCAACGUCCUGGUGGUGGUAUCCUUCAAAGUUAAUCGCCAGCUUAAGACAGUCAAUAACUACUUCCUGCUGAGCUUGGCUGUAGCUGACCUCAUCAUAGGGGUCAUCUCAAUGAACCUUUACACAGCUUAUCUUGUAAUGGGCUACUGGGCCAUGGGCAAGUGGGCAUGUGACAUGUGGCUAGCUAUAGACUAUGUGGCCAGUAAUGCUUCAGUUAUGAACCUACUGGUCAUCAGCUUUGACCGCUACUUUUCAAUCACUAGGCCUUUGACCUACCGAGCCAAAAGGACCACAAAGCGAGCUGGGAUCAUGAUCGGCCUAGCUUGGUUUGUUUCUUUUGUUCUGUGGGCCCCAGCUAUCAUCCUAUGGCAGUUUUUCAAGGGUGAAAGGACAGUCCCCCUGGAUGAGUGCUACAUUCAGUUCCUCACAGAGCCCACUAUAACUUUCUGCACAGCCAUGGCUGCUUUCUACCUGCCUGUGACGAUAAUGAGUGUUCUCUACUGGCGCAUUUACAAGGAAACCCAGAACCGUUCGAAGGAGUUAGCUGGGUUGCAGGGUUCGGGAAGUCGUGGUGGGGCAGGAGGAAGAGGAGGGAGUGGUGGGGGCGAGAGAGCCCGUUUCGUCCAUCAGACAGGAAGUUCUAGAAGUUGCAGCAGCUACGAGCUGACUAGGUUGUCUCGAAGAAGAAGCACAUGUCGGGAAUUGGUUGGUCGCUUCCACUGCUGGCCUGGGGUUCGCUCCUGGAGACCUGGUAGUGUCCGGCAAGGAGAGGGUGAUCCAGACCAGAGCAGCAGCGACAGCUGGAACAACAACGAUGCUGCAAUCUCGUUGGAUCACUCUGGGUCUUCAGAGGAUGAGGAUUGUGGGGGCAAAGAGAUGAUUUCACAGAGUCAUGCUAUUUUCUCCAUCGUCCUCAGUUUGCCUGGUAUAAAAGCUGCUGUCAACUCCCAGCUCACCUCAUGUGAGGAUCUGGAUGCAGUCUCAGAGAACGAUCCCCUCAGGGGAGAGGAGUAUCGUAGAGACAGCCUCUCAACCGCCACCACUAACACCACUGCCGCCACUACUCCCGAUGGGGAAAUCAAUUCAGAAAAAAGUGCUUACCACCAGCGCUUCGGCUCACGCAAGAUUCAAUCAAUGCCUAUUAUUCAGUCCAACUCAAACCAAGGCUUGAAUGGACCACCAACAACUACUUCCACCAACACCAACAACUCUACUGCCAGCUCCACCACUAAAUCCGGCUCUGUCCCAAUAUCCUUCAAAGAGGCAGCUAUGGCGAAGCGUUUUGCAUCCCGUGCCCGGACUCAGAUCACAAAGAGGAAGCGCAUGUCCCUAGUGAAGGAGAAGAAGGCAGCUCAAACUCUCAGUGCCAUCCUCUUUGCAUUCAUCAUUACAUGGACACCUUACAACAUCAUGGUGCUGAUCAAUGCCUUCUGUAGUAAUUGCAUCCCAGAGACACUGUGGGCUGUUGGGUACUGGCUUUGCUACGUCAACAGCACAGUCAACCCCAUGUGCUACGCCCUGUGCAACAAGACUUUCCGUACAACCUUUAAGAUGAUACUAAUGUGCCAAUGGGACCAGAAAAAAAGGCGGAAGCAGCAGUUCCAGCAGCGGCAGUCGGUGGUCUUCCACAGAAGGAUUCCCAGGGAGUCAACGUAAAGGAAUGGGAAUAGUAAGAUUAAACAUAGGAGAAGAAAAAAGGAAGAAGCAUCCGUGUUGUUUCUGAGGAGUAUCUUUGCUUAGAGACCCUUAAUGUAUUUCUCUGCUGGUAUGUCCAGCACAGCAACCCCAUGUGGUGGUUUAUGAGGUAUGUGUUUGUGUUGAUGCAUCCUUUUAGCAAAGCUGUGUGCGUGAAGGAUUUGUCUAACAGUACUGAGAUUCAGAUAUGAAAUAUCUCUCUCUGUCCUUAACGAACCAUUUGAAUGUGGGAACCAAUAGAAAAGGGCUUUUAAAUGCUUUGCAGGAGAAUCUUUGAAGUGCAAUUGACACAAGAGGAAAGGAUAUAUUUGUCACAGACGUGGGUAUUCAUAUUUCUUAUAUUGUCUCUCUGUGGGUAGCUAGAUCUGUUAUGUCCAGAGUGGUUUUGCGUUAAAUACAAAACAAUGAAUUUGUUGUCACUGAAAGCUAAGACAAAAACUAGUGUUAGUGUUCACAUGCUUCUACAUUGUACUGAUUUGACCUGUCCUCCUCUUGACUGGCAUGUGUUUUUAUCAGAAACUAUGUACAUUGCCUUUCUACAUGGAUAUAGCUUCCCUGUGUCUGAUGGAAUAUAAAAAAAGUUCUUGAAUUGUGUCCUUACUUUCAGUCAACAGAGUUAUUUUUGUGAUAUUAAUUUGUUGGGGUUUUCUAGAUAUUCCUGAGAUUUUGAGCCAGUCUGAAAAUUCUUCUUCUGAUGAAUUGAGUUGUGAAUAUUUUGUGUGGCACCACAUUCAGUGAACUGAUGUUGUGUUCAAUGUGGUUGUUGUGGUUUUUAUGGUGGAGACAAUAAGUACAUUGGUUGUGUUUUAUGUACUUGCAGUUCUCUGUCCAGAGUAAUGAUUAUACAUUGAUGAUAUUCUGUUUGUGUAUAUUUGAAUAUUUCUGACUUGAUACACAAUGAUUGAUUGCACACACAAAGGUGUCCAUUUAUAAAGAUGUGUGUUUUCAUGUUACACUAUCUUUUAGAUUUCUACAAAAUGUUACAGCUAAGGUACUUUUUGUAGAGGGCCACCACUCUUUGAUAUAGUAGAACAACGGCAGCCUCUAGUGGCUUGAGAAAGACUGUAUUUCUGUCAGUCCCACUUCUACAGUGCAGUAUAUGAAUCCCAUGUUGCCAAAAGUAAGGCAAUUUCUAUCAAACAUGGGCAGAAAAAUGUUCAUACUUUAGGCUUCCAAAGAUCCAAUAAAUCUAGAUUUGAGAUUUUAAAAGUAUAUAUAUUUUGGAUCUUAAAAAUAAAUGUUCGUAAUCAUUGAAGUAACAAUCGUUUCACUUUAAACGUCAUAGCCUGAAUAUUUUAUCUUGCAUUUUAAAUGAUUUUUGGGUGAAUUUUCUCCUCAUUAAUAAGCAGCAAUUGAUUUGUAAAUAGAAUUGAUAGCUGUCUUGGUCAUCAGGUUUUUCCAAACACAAACAAGUCAGCAUAAAGAGGCCAAUGUCUUCUUUAUGGAUAAAUAAGGAUUUAUUUGUAUUGUUUAUGUGUAUUGCACAUUAUGUUAUUCCUAUUUUAAGUAGAUGGUUUUUACAUCAUUUCCACACCCAGAUCUUGAAUACAGUGCAAGAGGUAUUGAAGGCAAAGGAUAGCCUUUAUUAUGAGAACUGAGAUACUGAAGAAUGUUAUCAUUUUAGUACAAUGGUAUUAAUGUGCUGUGUGCAAAGAGAUGAUAAAAAAUAUCCCAUGUGUCAUCAAGGGGGAAUUUCUUUUGCUUUUAACACAAUGUGCUCCAGUGUCAUGAAAUCUUCUUCAGUAAAAUAUGAGAAUUUUGUACUUAAAUAUUGGGAACGUAAACUACCAAAAUUGUGAACACAAACAUUUUGUUACAUUUCAAGUAUGCAAUCAUACUCAUAUUUUAAGUCAAUAAAUAAAACAAAAACCUU